AUGUCCCGACUGGCCACAGCUCCGCGCCCAGCGGCUCCUCCAAUCUCCGCCCCCGCCGACUGUCGAAUUGCCUCACUUCUCCCGGGUCUAACCGACGUCGUACACGACCUGCGUCUUUCCCCCCACCUCUCCGCCACCUCUCACGAAUGCACAACCCUUCACAACCCCCCCUCGGUCACCUCUCCAAAGCUCCCAGUCUCCUCCUCUCUUCCGUCUCACGAAAUCGCCGCCGGCUGGCGUGCCGUCCAGUACACCCACCCCCUCUUCUCUGCAUCCCCGUCGCUUGACGCGCUUCUCGCCCACCGCGUCUGCUCAUUCUACGUCACGGACAUCCCGCGCCUCGCAGCCGCGAAUCCUACGGUGCUGCUCACGCAUCUUGCAAAGCCGCGCCACUUCGAGGAGCCGGACGAGCAUGUCCUGCGCCGCCUGCUCCAGGCUCGAAUACCUACGUUGGAGAAAGUUGUUUCAGUCGAUGUCCGCACGCUCGAGGACGUCUUCCGACUGCACCGUACACUUGCACGGGAAAUAGGGAGGGAGGAGGCCGCUGUGGAGCCGGUGGCCGAGGCGAGGGGAAGGCUGGAGAGUAUACGUGCAUUUGUUAAAGCGGAGAGCCAGCGGAGGGGGCUGGGAAGACCAAAAACUGCAAUUGUGCAAUGGGCGGAUCCGUUGUUUCUGGCGGGGGAUUGGGUGCCGGGCAUUGCCGCACUGGCGGGUGCUGGGGGUGACGGCUUCACAAAUGAGGGAGGGCCUUCUGUGCCUAUUUCGGUAAAGGACUUGAGAGGUGCUGAUGUGCUGUUGUUUGCCGUUUGCGCGGUUCGUCUUCCUGAGUGCGAACGCAUAGUGCACGAGUUUAUGAGGGAGAACAGGGCGGCGUUGCGGGGGUGGGAAGGAAGAGUGGUUGUGACGGACGCAACUACGCUGUUUUCGAGGCCGUCGCUCAGUGCGGUCGUGCAAAGCGCCGAAGUUGUAGCAGAGGUGAUAUUGAAAGAGGGGUCGUAUGGGCAUAAGGGAAGGCUAUGGCGUGAGUGGGAGGCGGAGUGA